GGUGUCCAGGCUAAGCAUUCUAUUGGUGCGAGCGGUCCCCGCGGGCCGGCGGUGGCUCCUGUUCUCUGCGAGGAAAGUGUGAAGAUGGCGAAGACGUACGACUACCUGUUCAAACUGCUGCUGAUCGGGGACAGCGGGGUCGGGAAGACGUGCCUGCUCUUCAGGUUCAGCGAGGACGCCUUUAACACCACCUUUAUCUCCACCAUCGGCAUUGAUUUUAAAAUCCGCACAAUAGAAUUAGAUGGAAAGAAGAUCAAGCUGCAGAUAUGGGACACAGCCGGACAGGAGAGGUUCCGUACUAUUACUACAGCAUAUUACAGAGGGGCCAUGGGCAUCAUGCUGGUGUACGAUAUCACGAACGAAAAGUCAUUUGACAAUAUUAAAAACUGGAUAAGAAAUAUCGAAGAACAUGCCUCGUCUGAUGUGGAGCGAAUGAUCCUGGGUAAUAAAUGUGACAUGAAUGACAAGAGACAAGUAUCCCGGGAGAGGGGGGAAAAGCUUGCAAUUGAUUAUGGAAUCAAGUUUCUUGAAACCAGCGCAAAAUCCAGCAUCAAUGUGGAAGAGGCAUUUUUCACCCUUGGUCGUGACAUCAUGACAAAACUCAACAGAAAAAUGAAUGAAGGCAGCUCUCCAGGCGGUGGAGCUCCGGUAAAAAUUACAGAAAAAUCGGCAAAGAAAAGCAGUUUCUUUCGUUGCGUGUUGCUUUGAUAAACUGAAGCACGCUAGUGAGAGGAAGAGAUGGACUGUGGCACUCCUGAUUGAAUGGCUUCUUGCCGACCGCAGGUGCUGCAAAGGCCUCUGGGGGAAAAUAAACCUGCUGUUUGCUGAAAGUGCCCGAUGUGAGACAGUUGCCGAUAUGGAUUUCUGGAGUGGAAGAAUACAAUGGGGAGCCUUUUCUUACUUUUGGAAGGAACACAUAGGAACAAACAGACUGAUAUCAAAAUCUUAACUCCCGCUCUCUUUAUUUGGCUCCAUUUUGGGUAAAGGUUGUUGUCUUUCUCAAAACCAAUCUGGUUCUGUUCCCUGUUUAGUAGUUAUUGGUUAAGGCUGUGAUGCCAUCCAUUUAUUACCAAUUUUCUGAACUGGAAGAAGCAUGGUGGCCUUAGUGAUGUAACCAUUGACCAUCUGCUCUUUGCUGCCUAUGGACCUUGUAAUGUAUUGCAACCAAAUGCUGAAAGUGACUGUUGUGGGGGUAUCGGUCUGAGCAAAUCCAGCAUAAAAUACCAUGUAGGGUCACUGGCAGGUCCCACACAACAGCAGUCAGGUUUGCUUCAAGCUGUUACAUGUCUGAAAUUUAGCCAUAUUAAACAUGAUGCAGAUGAAUAGUAAUGCAGAUAAGAAAUGUAUAUUUCAUAUGAAUGUGGAUGUCCCAUCCUGACACUCCCUUCCACCUUGCAGUUAUUAGAGGAGACCCCUGCAUUUCUUCCAUAAUUCCACUCCAUGAAUACACUUUGCAGACCACCUUCCCAAAUGCCAGAAUCUUCUUUCCGUCCAUGAUGCGGUCCUGCUUCAAUGUGAAUUCUGGCCAGUAAGUCUGUUGUCUGCAUCUGAGCAGGUGCUUUCUCCUUGCUCUGUGUUUCCUUUGAGCCAGUAGAUGGUAUAUAAGUGAAUAUUUUUUUAUUUUUAAACUAUACUGUUAAAAUAGUACUUGGGAACUUUACUAGAACGUUGGAAGAUUUAUGAAACGGUCUUAAAGAAAAUCUUUGUUGCCUGUAGCAACCAUAGUGCUCUUGAGAAAUAAAAGCUGUGGUUGCUAUGGUCAACAAAGUUAUUCAUUUAGACUAGGGAUCAGCAACUUCGGCACUCCGACUGCUGUGGAACUACAACUCCCAGCAUGCACACUUACUCGGCUGUUUUUGUAACUCCCAUAGAUGUGAAAGCAGAAUUCUGGGAGUUGUAGUUUCAGAACAGCUGUAGUGCCGGAGGUUGCUGAUCCCUGAUUUAGACAGUUCUCUAAUUCUGCCUCUGUUUUUUCACCUUCGUCUUCAUAGGGGCAGUAGCUGAACCAUUUUUUUAAGGGGUAUUUUGGUUUUUACAAUUUUUAUCUCCAUUGAACAGUAUAGGGUAUAACUGUUAGAUCGGUGGGGGUCCUACCGCUGGGAACCUGUACCCCUCUGAGCCCCCGAAGUUAACAGGUGGGCAGGUCCUAUGUACUGCUGCUCCAUUCAUCUCUGAGAGUUCUGGAGAUGGCUGGAGUACAGUACUGGGCCGUUUCCAGAACUCCCAUAGAGAUGACUAGAGUGCCAGUGCACAUGGUCGACCUGCCACUCCGUUAAUUUUGGGGCGCCCUGAGGGUUACAGGUACCCAUUCUUGUGACAGGUGGUGCGGUAGGACCCCUACUGAUCUCACACUUAUCCUCUAUCCUGUGGAUAGGGAAUAACCUGCAACAACCGGAAUACCCCUUUAAGGGGGUCCUGAAGCUAUUGGCAGUAGUCAAGGAACUUUGUAGGUCCUUUGAUAGUGUUGCUCCAUUAUAUCUUUUAAACUAUAGGGAAGAAGUACGGUUCCACAUGCCAUAGGAUGAGUGUGGACUCUUCACAUUUCAUUGGAGCAAAGUUGUGUAUGGUUUAUUAUAAAGGGAGGACCGCUGGCUAUAAAAGACCCUCUAAUUUACUGUAACAUUGAGGAUGCCUCAAACAGAUUAUUGAAUAGAGGUCCUAAUUUUUGUAAGGGACUAUCCUUUGGGAGGAGCCAAAGUUAGUUCUUGACCUGACUUAUAUUUUAUAUGUGUAUAUUUUAUGCAGCUUUGUUGCUUCCAAGAUUCUGUUUUAAGCUGUUACUAUUCUUUUUUUUAUUUGAGGGGGGAUGUCAAUUUGGAACAUCAUCGUUGCAGAGAGUUGACGUGAUAAAUGCAUGCCCCAGCAUUAUGGUCUUACGAGGACAUCUAUGCACUGACUUUAGGGAUUUAUUUGGAACGAGACCUGGAGAAACCACACUGUAUCUAUGUUUAGCCCAGUGCUUCCCAAACCUGAGUAAAUGACCUCAAAUUGGAUAUUUUUUUUGUUUUCUGGAUAAUGAUACAUGAACCCAUAAUUACCCAUCAUAAAAGGGACACUUAUUUUACAUUUAUUCAAGAUUGCCAUCUGUACUAUUGGAAAUCUCCCAAACUAUUAACAUUAAAGGGGUUGUACCACAAAUAAUGUUCGAAGUUUUUCAAACCACAAUAUUUUUUUUAAUU